ACCGCGGGCGGGUGACUGGGCCAGGCGCGGACACGCUCUUCGUAGUUCGUGUGUUGCGAUAGAUGGCUCAUUGGCUCAUGCAUUCACGUCGUGCGCCGUUACCGAACGGACGUCUCCCGUCUAUCGCCGUUCGCCUCGAUUGGUCGAGUUAGUUUUUGUUGACCGUUUUGUCGAGUUUCGCUCGGAAAAAGCUUCGUUCGUGCUGUACGUUUAUAUAGUCGAAUUUGUGUUGGACAUAGUUUCGAUUGUGACGUAAAAGCUGGUCGGUGCAGUGAUAACGGGGAGUGAUGUGAUUUGUGUUGUGUUUACGUUGCGAUGUGCGUGCUAGUGUAGGAGGCAGGAGGCUCUAGAUCAUGGGGUAUGCGUCUAACGGUGCGGGGCGGGCUGCGCACGAGGCGCUCCUGGCGCGACAGGACGCGGAACUGCGUCUCAUGGAGACCAUGAAGCGAAGCCUUCAGGCUAAGAUGAAAAGCGACAGAGAAUAUGCGCUUGCGCUGUCCGCCGCCGCGACGCAAGGACAAAAGAUGGACAAAUGCGAGGAAUUGAACGGAUCAGUGAUAGCCGCAGCAUGGAGGACAAUGACUGAAGAGUGGGAGAACACAAGCCGUUUGAUCAAAGCAAAUGCCGAAGCCUUGGAGUCAAGAGCUUUGGACCGCCUGAUCACGCUCAUGACGGAACGGCGGAAGGCGCGCAAGGUCUACCAGGAGGAUCACACGAAGAUAUCUUCGCAGUUCACACAGCUCUCAGAGGAGGUGCAAAGGAAGCAGAGCGAGUACCAGAAAUGUCUCGAGUCUUACAAGCAGAUGAGGGCGAAAUUCGAAGAAAACUAUCUGAAAUGUCCAACCAGCCGAGGCGGUCGCAAGCUGGACGAAACCCGCGACAAGUAUGGUAAAGCAUGCCGUCGGUUGCACAGAGCUCAUAAUGAGUAUGUGCUCCUGUUGGCCGAGGCGACAGAGUGCGAGCGCGCGCUGCGCACAGCCUCGCUGCCGGCGCUGUUGGACCAGCAGCGGAGACAGGGUGAAGCUACUGCUUCCUCAUGGAAAGGAAUUCUGUUGGAAGUGGUUCAGAGGUCAGACUUCAGCACGGACAAGUUCAGGGAGAUACAAACUAAAGUCGAGUCGACAGUACAAAACCUGAGGCCGCAGGAUGAAUACAAGGAGUUUAUGGAGAAGUACAAAUCACCACCAUCAACUCCAAUAACCUUCAACUUCGACGAGAGCCUAGUCGAUGAUACCAGCGGCAAGCUCCAACCAAACCAGCUUACAGUAGACAACCUGACCGUGGAGUGGUUGAAGGAAAAGCUAACAGAAUUGGAGACCAGUCUACAGGAGAACCGGGAGAAGCAGACGGCGUUACAGGGACCAGAGAUCAUCGGGAAUGGCGUCUGUAAGAACAAUAAUUCUGGGAUGACCAAUGGUGUCAACGGGAUAGACAGGCAUUCACCGCCGCCAAUCCCUGUAACAACUCCUGAACCCAUGAAGCUGUUAGAACUACGCGUGUCCGAGCGCAAGUGCGCCAAACAGGCUGAGAUGAUCCGAACAGCUUUAGCAGAGCUGGGGUGUGAGGAAGCACCCAGUGGCUGUCCUGAUCUCUCUGCGGAGGUUGUAGGUGUGGACAGUCUGGAUGGGAGCUCUCCAGAUCAUCAGGACCGUGCGUCACUCGGCUCCAAAGCGUCAAUGGACGCGUUGCGGUUACACCUGCACUCUAUCAUACCGCCGAAGCCGUUCUUCAGACUUUUCACGCGUCCUUUCCGACGCAAAUCAGUCCCGUCAAGCCCAGCCUUACCGCCAAAAACGUAUAGAAGCAGCAGCGAAGGUCCCGCAGACUCGGUAAAAGUUCUAUCGACCCUCAGAAAGCAGCGUGUGAUCUUGAAGAGACGUUUUCGUAAACGCUUGGAUGUCUAUGUGCAAUGUAGAGUGCAGAGUGAUGUGUUUAAGAGGCGGAGAAAGAUCCGCUGUAAAUGUCCUAAACGCGUGGUUAGUGUGAGUGAGGCAGAGCGAUCAUUAGUGGACCAGGAAUGGUUUCAUGGUGUGUUACCAAGAGAGGAGGUGGUGCGAUUGCUGAGGGCGGAUGGAGAUUACUUGGUGCGAGAAACGACGAGGAACCACGCCAGGCAACUAGUGCUGUCGGUGUGUUGGGGACAACAUAAACACUUUAUUGUACAGACCACGCCUGAGGGUCACUAUAGAUUCGAAGGCGCAGCGUUUCCGUCAGUAGCUGAACUGAUAGCUUGGCAGCGUGCAAGCGGAGUGCCGGUCACUGCGCGCUCAGGAGCUUUGCUCAGACGAGCUGUGCCGAGGGAGACGUGGGAGCUCAACAACGACCAUGUGCAGCUGUUAGAUAAGAUUGGACGGGGCAACUUCGGCGAUGUCUAUAAAGCACGACUCAAAACGACAGGCCAAGAAGUGGCAGUGAAGACGUGCCGGGUGGCGUUACCUGAAGAGCAAAAGAGGACGUUCUUACAAGAAGGACGCAUCCUCAAGCAGUACCAGCACCCCAACAUAGUGCGCCUCAUCGGCAUAGCCGUUCAGAAGCAACCAAUCAUGAUAGUCAUGGAACUAGUGUCAGGUGGUUCACUCCUCACAUUCUUGCGAACGAGGGCCGCGAACCUCAGCUCUCGAUCACUAUUAGCGAUGUGCCGGGACGCAGCGGGUGGGAUGCGCUACCUUGAGUCCAAGAACUGUAUCCAUAGGGACCUGGCUGCUAGAAACUGUCUGGUGGGAGACGACAACAUUGUGAAGAUAUCCGACUUCGGCAUGUCGAGGGAGGAAGAGGAGUAUAUAGUGUCUGGUGGCAUGAAGCAGAUACCGAUCAAGUGGACCGCCCCGGAGGCUCUUAAUUUUGGCAAGUACACCUCCCUUUGCGACGUGUGGAGCUACGGCGUGCUGAUGUGGGAGAUAUUCUCCAAGGGCGACACGCCCUACGCCGGCAUGAGCAACUCUCGCGCCAGGGAGAAGAUUGACAAUGGUUACCGCAUGCCCGCGCCAGAAGGUUGUUCCGAGGACGUAUACGCUCUGAUGCUGCGCUGCUGGGAGUACGAGGCCGACAAACGACCGCACUUCCACCAGAUAUACACUAUAAUCGACAAUAUCUACAAUAGAUAACGUUACAUCUCCGAAGGAGCGUUACAACUAUAAUAAAUAGGUAACAGAUCCUCUGCCAUUGAUCAAGGUGCAACUGCAGUCAGAUCGUAAGGCUGAGUUCUCAGCAUCGAUUCGCAUUUUAUCUGCUGAAAAUGAUUAUUUUGUAUGAUGAUGCAUCAGAAACCUAUUUUCAAAAGAUAAAAUGCGAAUGGAUACUUAUACUUAGCUGUAAUUAUAUCAAGCAACAGUUCACUUAUUUGAUUUGAUAGCGUUCCAUCAAAAAUACGUUACACAGUUAAUAGUACCCAUUAAAAAUAAUUUAAGAGAAAUUGGUGCAAUCAAUCGUUUUCCAAAAUAGAUGUAAGUACAGAAAGGUCCAAUGACAUUUUAACAAAGGUAGCUAUCGUUUGUCUACUUUUUAUUAAAUCCAUGCGUUUUAUUUACAUGUUAUAUAAACAUGUAUUAACGUGUAGUAAGUGUGGGUGGACACAUGUUAUAUAACAAUGUAAAACAAGUUACAUAAUCAUGACGCACCUUUAAAAUGAUAUUUUAUAAAACA